AUGGCGACGCCCAUGGUUGAAGACAACUUCGAGGACGACCACCUUUCUUCUAUGACAACUGACGACAUCACUCGCUCCUCUCGCCUUCUCGAUAACGAAAUCCGAAUCCUCAAGGAAGAGUUGCAGAGAACGAAUCUGGAGCUGGAUUCAUUCCGGGAAAAGAUAAAAGAAAAUCAGGAAAAAAUAAAGCUGAACAAGCAGCUUCCUUACUUGGUUGGGAACAUUGUCGAGAUAUUGGAAAUGAACCCUGAGGAAGAAGCCGAAGAAGAUGGGGCGAACAUUGAUCUUGACUCACAAAGGAAGGGGAAAUGUGUUGUUCUGAAGACAUCUACACGCCAGACAAUUUUCCUACCUGUAGUGGGCUUGGUUGAUCCUGAUAAGUUGAAGCCUGGUGAUCUUGUUGGAGUAAACAAAGACAGCUAUCUCAUUUUGGAUACUUUGCCUUCCGAAUAUGACUCUCGUGUUAAAGCUAUGGAGGUAGAUGAGAAACCAACUGAAGAUUAUAAUGAUAUUGGAGGCUUGGAAAAACAGAUUCAAGAAUUAGUUGAGGCCAUAGUGUUGCCUAUGACACACAAAGAUAGAUUUCAAAAACUAGGAAUCCGUCCUCCAAAAGGAGUCCUUUUAUAUGGCCCUCCUGGGACAGGGAAAACUUUAAUGGCUCGUGCAUGCGCUGCCCAAACCAAUGCUACUUUUCUAAAGCUAGCAGGUCCCCAGCUUGUACAGAUGUUCAUUGGAGAUGGAGCUAAACUUGUCCGGGAUGCUUUCCAACUCGCCAAAGAAAAAUCUCCUUGCAUCAUUUUCAUUGAUGAGAUUGAUGCUAUUGGCACAAAACGUUUUGAUAGUGAAGUUAGUGGGGAUAGAGAAGUGCAAAGAACUAUGUUAGAAUUGCUCAAUCAGCUUGACGGGUUUAGCAGCGACGAAAGGAUAAAGGUGAUAGCAGCUACCAACCGAGCAGACAUCUUGGACCCUGCUCUGAUGCGUUCUGGUCGGUUGGAUCGAAAGAUUGAAUUUCCCCAUCCCACUGAGGAAGCCAGGGCCCGCAUUUUGCAGAUCCACUCAAGGAAGAUGAACGUUCAUCCGGAUGUCAACUUUGAGGAGCUUGCUCGCUCGACUGACGACUUCAAUGGUGCCCAACUGAAAGCUGUUUGUGUGGAGGCUGGCAUGCUUGCACUUAGGCGUGAUGCCACUGAGGUGAACCAUGAGGAUUUUAAUGAAGGUAUCAUCCAGGUUCAAGCGAAAAAGAAAGCCAGCCUGAACUACUAUGCAUAG